UUUCAAUGCGGCAGGACAAGACCGUUCGCGAAGCACUGCAGAUAAGUUCGGAUGUUCAUUGACGCUGAGGUUCGAAGAGACUGUUUGCUUUACAUUCGCCAUCGCUAUGAUCAAAUUUCUCCACGUAACAUUUUGUCUUGGUGCGCUGCUCACUCCAUCAACGAUCACAGGCUCCAUGGCCACUGAAGUCGCUGAACAGGCAAUGCUGUCUCCGGCUAAGCUGAUGGAGUACUUCGGCUACAAUGUUGAAGUUCACAACGUUACUACUGAAGACGGCUACAUCUUAGAAGUCGACAGGAUGCAGUCCAACUCGACGGGUAACGUCACGACAAAGCGGACACCGAUGCUGCUUGUCCACGGAUUGCUCACAAACGCCGCUACCUGGACAGCAAACCUACCCACUCAAAGUCCAGGAUUUCUUUUGGCGGAUGCCGGAUUUGAUGUUUGGCUCGUGAACACCAGAGGUGUCCCGCAGUCAAAUCGCCACGUGAAUCUCACCACGACGAACAAAGAGUUCUGGCAGUGGAGCUUCGAGGAGAUUGGCAUGUACGACCUUCCGGCAGUCAUCGACUACAUCCUGAACAAGACAGGAUUCAACAAGGUAGGCCUGCUGACAACGUCGCAGGGGACAACGGUAUCGCUUGUGCUUCUCUCGAUGCGACCAGAAUACAACAACAAGGUGAACAUUCUCGUCGGCUAUGCUCCCGUGGCAAACGUCACGCACUUCACAUCGCCGAUGAGGCAUCUCACUUCAUUCUCAAGGUUUGUCAAGGUGGUGAACGACUUCUUCACGCACGGUGGGUUCUUGGUCACGAGCGAAGCACGACAAAGGAGACUCGCCAAGUUUUGCGACUUCCGAUUUUCCCGUAAUUUCUGCUACAAGCCACUGGCCUUCCUGUACGGAAAGAAUCCGGAGCAGUACAACAGUACAAGGGUGCCUGUCUACGUGACAAACUUACCUGUGGGCUCCUCCAGCCAGAACUUGCUCCACUUUGCCCAGAUGUACAAGGCGAGGAACUUUGUCAGAUUUGAUUACGGGACGGAGAAGAAUAUGGAACUAUAUAAACAGGAGCGUCCACCACCUUAUCCUUUGGAGAACAUCACUGCUCCCUUCGCAAUCUAUCACGGAAGGGGUGACAUCUUCGCUAAUCCCCAAGACGUGCACGACCUUGCCGAGCGUCUGCGAUGCAUCCUCGUGGUGAAUGAGACGGUGCCGGAUCGCAGAUUCGGUCACCUCGAUUUCAUCUACGGCUACAAUGCUACUGAAAUUCUCCACCGUCACAUGAUAAACCUGGUCACGAACUGCACCACCACCGGUGUAGACUGUAAAAAGUUCAUCCCGAGCUCGGUACAACAAACCUGUAACCCCAUAGCCGCCUGUUAGGGCGAGCCUUAUAUGUCUCGUGAGUGUAGAGGCUUCUCGAGAUUUUGCGAGACUUGACGAUAUUUUGCGAGACCUUGUUGGCGGCUGCGUCAACAGGAAUGACGAAAGGAAAGGCUAAUAAAAGUAGUAAGAAGUCACGUGAUGCUCAAGGGAAUGAAUGUGUAUCUGUCGACGUACCAAAUGUCACAUUAC